CCCCGAACUCCUAGCAACGUAGAUAUGGAUGCCGACUUUCCCCUUCCCAGUUCGAGGUUGGUUCCAAUCUGGCUCGUCGUUGCUAGCCUCGAGAAUCUUCUUCAGGAAAUUAGUGGAUGCUUCUUCCUUGAGAACCUAAACACCCCUCGCUGGAAUUCAUCUUUGGAGCUCGCUUCUGCCAUUAAUGGAUGCUUGGGAGCUCUACUCACAUUCCAAACCAGUUUUGAAGGUGAGCAACUAGGGAUGCGUUGGAACAUCAGGUGCAUUCCAAGUCUGUUUGGCAGAAGAAUGGAAGUUGAUUGAUGGUUCUAAAUCUCAAUUUCGGCGUUCAUCCUCCAUUAAUGGAGGCUUGGAAGUACAGGAGCGAUGGAGAGGUGUAGUGGCGCAGACGGUUUGGUUGAUGGAGAGGUGUAGUGGCGCAGACGGUUUGGGAAGUCCAGGAGCCGUAUGUAGCAGCCAACUGGGAAAGAAGGAAAGUGAGAAAAGAAAAAGGAAAUUUUAAUAUUUGCCACAUAGACCGCCACGUGGAACGCCACACAUGCAAAGAACCAGGAAACCGGUUGGUUACCUAGUAAUUCGCCUAAUUGAACGUUUUCUUCAGAGUUAAGGGUUUAAUCGAGUGUUUUCAAAGUACGAGGGCUUAAUUGACUUUCCGACAUAGUACGAGGACCUAUUUGAUAGUUUUCUCUUUGAAUGUGUGCCGUCA